AAAAGUUUGUUGUCUUCACACAUCUGCUGCCUCGACGAUACGCAGAGAAGGAAAGAGAGAGAGAAAGAGAGAGAAAGAGAGAGAAGACACGAACCACCUCUGCUCUUCUAAGGUGAGAAGUUUCGAUCUGACAAGUAUCCUAUAUUUCGUCGAAUUUAAGAUUUGAGGAUGCGUCGUUAAUUUUGAGGUUGUUCUUGUUCACACAUUCUGUGUGCGUUGCGCGCCUUUCUUCUUCUUCUUCUUCUUCUUCUUCUUCUUCUUCUUCAUUGUUAUUGUUUGUUUUAUUUUUCUUUUCUUUUUUGGUUUUUUGCUCUCUUUGUUACGUGAAGAAGUUGAAUUCUUCCUCAUAUUAUACGCGUUUUUACUUUUUUUUUUUUUAAAUAUAGAAAGUACAUUUUUGAAAUUUGCAGCUUAUAAUGUUACAGAUUGAUCCUACUUUCUCCCAGGGUUCGUGUCUUCUCUUUAAUAAAAAAAACAAAAAAAUUGGAUAAAGGGUUACCGGCAGAAAUGGAUUACGAAAGCCAUAGUUGGAUUUGGGAUGGAAUGUAUUAUUACCCCCAUGUGUUUGGUGGGAUAAUGUUAACUGCUGCUCUACUUGGCUUAUCCACAAGCUAUCUCGGUGGUACUGUUCCUUCUUUGCCAUACUUCUUACCUGGUUUUGGGAUUUUUCAUAAGAAGAGACGUGGGAAGAAACCGGUUCGUGUAUAUAUGGAUGGCUGCUUUGACCUUAUGCAUUAUGGCCAUGCAAAUGCAUUGAGGCAAGCAAAAGCUCUGGGAGAUGAACUUGUUGUUGGGGUUGUGAGUGAUGAGCAGAUCAUAGCAAAUAAAGGACCACCUGUUUUGUCAAUGGAGGAGAGGCUAGCCCUUGUAAGUGGAUUGAAGUGGGUGGACGAAGUUAUUGCUGAUGCUCCUUAUGAAAUUACUGAAGAGUUCAUGAACCAGCUAUUUAACAAACAUAAAAUUGACUAUAUCAUACAUGGUGAUGACCCUUGCUUGCUUCCUGAUGGGACUGAUGCUUAUGCGUUGGCAAAGAAAGCAGGUCGCUACAAGCAAAUAAAACGCACUGAAGGUGUCUCUAGCACGGAUAUCGUAGGGAGGAUACUUUCCGCUUUUAAGGUGGUGAAAAGCCCUAAGUCAUCAGACAUGGACAAAUUGGAUAGCAAAAACUCUACGUCCUGUGAAGGAAGUCAGCCCAAGCAUUGCCACGCUCAUUUUCUUCCAACCUCUCGGCGUAUAGUACAAUUUUCAAAUUGCAAGGCACCUGGACCGAAUUCCCGCGUGGUUUAUAUUGAUGGAGCAUUCGAUCUUUUCCAUGCCGGUCAUGUUGAGAUACUCAAGACCGCCAGGCAGCAAGGAGAUUUUCUUUUAGUUGGUAUAUAUUCUGACCAGACAGUGAGUGAACUCCGUGGGGCACAAUUUCCACUGAUGAAUCUUCAUGAGCGCAGUCUGAGUGUGCUGGCCUGUCGAUAUGUUGAUGAAGUCAUCAUGGGUGCACCAUGGGAAGUUACAAAUGACCUGGAUAUUUGUAUCCCAGGACAUUGCUUGAGCUUGAAGGAUAUUAUAAUUUGUCCCAAAGAAAGAAAAGUAUGCAAACAUUCAGUUUACAUUCCUUUGCAUCCAUAUUUGUUCCAGAUGCCUUUUAUAUGUUCUUUUUGUGUGAUGUUAACCAAGAAAAAUGUUUUUGGCCACAAGAAAUAA